GGUUAGUCAGUUGCGCGUCUUGCAACGGAGAGGACGCGUUUAGCUGCACUAAAUAUUAUUAUAAAUAAUUAAAUAAAUAGUAACAAUUUAAGUUAAAAGUAACGUUAAAAUCGAAUAGAAUUCUUUAGAAAUUCAAAAAAUUUGAUAGCGUUCUUUUAUUGAAAUUAGAUAUUUGAAAGCCGACGCGACGCUUUAGUUCACUUUUUUUUUCUUCAAAAUCGCGUGUUCGGAUUCGAUUUUUGAAAAGUGCAGUUCUUUUUUUUUUCUCGUCAGUGAUGAAGGGACAAAGCAAACGUUUCGUUAGCCAUAAAGGCAAGGCUUACGAUAUAGGCGUUAAGAAGAAACAGGAUGUGGGAAUCGGGUUCUUGGAUCUGUGGCGCUACGCGACAACAACCGAGAGACUGGUCACGUUCCUUGGGGUGCUUCUGUCUUUUUGCUGCUCGUGUGGCCUAGUGGCGGCCGUCGUCAUCUAUGGCGAGCUGACAUCGCUGUUCGUUCAGAGGAACAAUGCUGCUCCUACCACUCCUCACGGUCACAUCCUCGGUUUGUUCGGCGGAGGAAGAGUAUUGCCUGGCGGAAAUCGUUCCCUUCAUAUGGACGCUUUAGUGGAAGACUCCAGGGCGUUUGGAUUGGCUAGCGUGGUGAUCAUGAUAAUGCAGAUGACGACUGCCGCGUUUGCCGUCAUCACGGCGAACUGGGCCGCUACUAGAAUGGUAACAAGAUUACGUCUUCGGAUCCUGCGAUCGGUAUUAAGUCAAGAGAUAGCAUUUUUCGAUACAAACACUACAAUGAAUUUCGCGUCGACGUUGACAGAGGACAUGGAGAAGCUACAAGCGGGAGUGGGGGAGCAUGUCGUGAUGACGACAUACUUAGCCGGGACGGUUGUGUGUGGCUCAGCUCUAUCUCUUUCAUACGGCUGGGAGCUGACAUUAGCCGGGCUCUCUGUGGUUCCUGUUGCUAUCCUUGUCGCAACAGUUGUUGCUAAGUACCAAACUAAAUGUUCGACCAAUGAGGUGGUGGCGUACGGAGUUGCCGGAAGAAUAGUCGAGGAGGUAUUGUCUGCUAUUAGGACAGUAAGGGCUUAUGGUGGAGAGGAACUUGAAGUUAAAAGGUACUCGGAAGCUCUAAAGCCAGCGGCCUCACACGCUCGUCGUCGUGGUCUCUGGGCUGGGGCGGGUUCAGGUCUUGGCUGGCUGCUCACCUACAGUCUAAACGCUAUAGUCCUGGCUUACGGAACAGCUUUAUGCGUCAGAGACUCGGAUCUACCCCCAGAAGAACAGGAUUACCAUCCUGGCAUCAUGGUUACUAUUCUGUUCUGCACUUUCGUGGCGGCGCAGAAUAUAGCGAUGUGCAACCCUCAUCUGGAGAUAUUCUCGACGGCGCGUGGAGCUGCCAAAUCUCUAUUCAAGCUAAUCGAGAGGAAGUCCAAUAUCGACGCACUGGAGAACGUAGGAGUUAAGCCGGAGAGCUUCAGAGGCGAUAUCCAGUUCGAGAAUCUGUACUUCAAUUACCCUUCGAGACCCGACGUGAAGGUCCUAAGGGGGCUGACCCUCAAGAUAUCAGCGGGGGAGACAGUGGCCCUAGUCGGUUCCUCGGGCUGCGGUAAGUCGACGCUGCUGCAACUCCUGCAGAGGAUGUACGAGCCCGAAACUGGACGAGUAGUUGUUGAUGGCCAUCCCCUAAACAAACUUCAUCUGCACCAUUUCAGGAAGAGCAUAGGCGUGGUCGGCCAAGAACCAGUGCUCUUCUGCGGAACGAUCAGAGAGAACAUCACUUUCGGGAUGGACGACGUCACAGAGGAACAGAUGAUCGAGGCAGCCAAAACUGCGCACGCGCAUCAAUUCAUCACCAAACUCGCAAAUGGCUAUGACACCAUGCUGGGAGAGCGCGGCGCUGCCCUAUCUGGUGGACAGAAGCAGAGAAUCGCGAUAGCACGUGCCAUAGUCAGACGUCCCGCUGUCUUGCUAUUGGACGAGCCGACUUCUGCGCUAGACCCUGCUGCUGAGAAACAGGUCCAAGCAGCCCUGGACGCAGCUAGUAAAGGGCGCACCACACUCGUAGUCUCGCACAGACUAUCGACCAUUGCAAAUGCUUCAAAGAUCGUCUACAUCGAACAAGGAUCCGUGUUGGAGCAGGGAACUCAUGCGGAACUGCUAGAGAAAAAAGGAAAUUACUGGAAAUUGCUCAACGAAGAUCUGACUAGCAAGAGCAUAGCAGCCACGUUAUCAGCGGCCGGAAACGAUGAUGACGACGAGGUACUAGAGACUGUUGAAGAAUGUCGUUUCCGAAGGUCCGUCAGCAGACAAUCGAUGCAUCGAGAAUCUAUGAAUCGGAACCACUUCGUGCGGGGCAGUCGCCGAUUGAGGUCCAUCUCAUCGGCCCAUCUGCCGGUCACCGCUGUGCCCGAUCUCCUCAACUACGUGGAACCGGAAGAGACGGAAGACGAAUCAGUCCCAGAGGUGUCCAGCUUGGCGCUGAUGAAGCUGAACGCUCCGGAGUGGCCGCUGCUGAUGGGCGGUGGCGUCGCCUCAUUCUUGGUCGGUUCAACGAUGCCGAUAUUCGCUUUGCUCUUCUCCAAAUUAUACGGGAUGUUCGCCUCUGAUGACACGGACGCGAUCCUCGAGCAGUCGCAGCUGUAUGCGGGACUCUUCGCCGGAGUCGCGGCCGCCUGCGGGAUCGUCAACUUCCUCCAGACGUGGCUCCUGAGCAAGGCCGGCUCCAAGCUCACCGACAGACUGAGAGAGCACAGUUUCAGGAACUAUUUGAAACAGGAGCAAGGCUGGUUUGACGAGCAAGCUAAUUCUGUCGGGGCUCUCUGCGCCAGACUCUCCUCUGACUGCGCUGCUGUACAAGGAGCUACAGGUACCAAAUUGGGGACGGUGCUCCAAGGCGUGAGCACGAUGGUUAUCGGUGUCGGACUGGCAAUGGCAUACUCGUGGAAGAUGACAUUAGUUAGCCUGACAAGCGUUCCUUGUGUCAUGGGCGCCAUCUAUCUCGAAGGCUACGUGAACAAACGCACCGAAGAGAAACAGAAGAAAGCGAUAGAGCACGCUUCGCGCGUCGCCACUGAAGCAGUACUGAACGUGCGCACCGUACAGAGCCUGGGUGUGGAGCUGACAGUCUUGGAGAAGUACGAACGCGCGCUGAUGGGGGGUGGCGGUAGAGGGGGGAGUGGCGCAAUGCGAGGCGCGGUGUACGGGGCGUGUCUGUGCGCACCUACGCUCGGUUACGCCGUGUCGUUAGCCUACGGAGGCUAUCUCAUCGCAACCGAAGGCCUGCACUAUGAAUACGCUAUUCUGGUGUCCGAGGCGCUGAUCUACGGAGCGUGGAUGCUGGCUGAAGCGCUCUCAUUCGCGCCAAACUUCGCCGCCGCCAAGCGCUCUGGGGCCAGGAUCAUUAAUGCCCUAGCCAGGGAACCGAAGAUCGUAACUGAACCAACAGCGAAGGAUGAACCAGCAUGGACCGCGAAAGGAGAGGUUAACUUCUCUGAUUUACACUUCAACUAUCCAACUCGGCCUUCAGUGCCGGUCCUGCGAGGCCUGAACCUUCAGCUCAAGGCCGGGCGCACUGUAGCGCUCGUCGGGGCCAGCGGCUGCGGGAAAUCCACUCUGAUGCACCUUAUCAUGAGGAGCUAUGACCCUACUAAAGGCAAAGUUGAACUAGACGGGAGAGAUAUAAAGCGCGAUCUUUCGCUGCCCAGUCUGAGAUCGAACCUGGGACUCGUGCAACAAGAACCAGCGCUUUUCGAACGUUCAAUCAGGGAAAAUAUUGCAUACGGAGACAAUUCACGGGAUGUGACCUUGGAAGAGAUUAUAGACGCUGCGAAACAAGCGAACGUACACGGUUUUGUGGCGGGCUUACCUUUGGGCUACGAAACGAAGCUGGGACAAGGCGGAGCUGCUCUGUCCGGGGGACAGAAGCAGAGGAUCGCGAUCGCAAGGGCCUUGGUACGAAACCCGAGGGUUUUGCUACUGGACGAAGCCACAUCAGCCUUGGAUGCUUCCAGUGAAAAGGUGGUGCAAAGCGCUCUGGAAGUCGCCGCCAAAGAUCGAACGACAAUUAUAAUAGCUCAUCGACUAGCUACGAUCAGACAUGCACACACGAUAUGCGUGGUCGAGAACGGAGUCAUAGCCGAAAGCGGAUCACAUGACGAGCUGGUCCGAAAACGUGGACUUUACUGGGAAUUAUUGCAGCAGCAAGGACCCUCGGAAGCGAAAGCGUGACAUUGACUGUCAUAAAUAGAUUUAAAUAGAAUAUUAUUGUAAUAACAAUGCUGUUAUAGUUGAAUCUACAUCAGGAAAAGUAUAUAGCAGUAACACAUUAAUUUAUUAAAUCCGAUAUCCUUAAAACUUGCACAACUUAAUAUUGUUUUCACUGCACUUUCACAGAUAUUAAACAGUUAAUAAACCACCGUUAUUACACAUUUAAACCUGAAGAAGCACUAAAUAGUCAAAAUAAAACAAAUCACACAACUUCACUCCUCGCGUUUCCGCAAAAAAUUCGGUAUUAUUAAAAAGAAAAAACUUAACCUAAAAACGAAUUUAAAAGUCAUCAAGUUUUUUUCUAUUUGGCUACGAAAAUAUUGUGAUAUCUAUAACUUAUAACGCUAACAAUGAGAAUCAAAGUGACUUCGCUACUGUCUCAUAGUUUUAUUAACUCUUUUUUUUUUAAUGAGACAUUUUAGGUUAUAUUCAUUCUGUUCUUGCCAUAGUUUAAAUUUGUAAUGAAUAAUUUUAAACUGUAACCUUAAAAAUUUAUAAAUUUAUUACUUACAUAAAAUUAUCCUUAGGAUCCUAUUUAGCUUUAAAAUUAGUAUUAAAUUCGGAAAUGAAGUAACUGUACACUAGUAAUUUUAAUAUAAGUACAUCGACAAC